CUGGGGGGCCCUCAACCGAUGUGUUCAUAAUAUGCUAUCUGGGGGGCCUGACCUCCAGUCUGCUCUCAACGCCCCCAAAUAAAAUAAUAAUAUGAACUUUUAUUUUGGGGGGAGGGGAGGGUUGGAGUCCCCUGGAGGUCGGGUUCCCAUGGCACAUGCCCUGCGUACCCAUUCGGUAAGCCGGCCCUUUGUGUGUAUGUGUCUGUCUUUCUGUCUGUGUGUGUGUGUAGGCUAUGCAUGCUCACUGGUACGUCUGUGUGAGUGUGUGUGAUUCAGUUUAUUUUCUAUGCCAUAUCCUUGCUUUGUGGUGCACUAAAUAAAAACAGAGCUAAAUAGAGUAAGGCCUUACCAAUGGGACACCAUCUCCCCCAUGACCUCUGCCUCCUGGAGGUGUGAGCUGCCUUGCCAUGCUAAACAUAACAUGUAUACAACAUGCAUGGAAAAUGACUGACUCAGCUGUGCACUAUUAAAAGAGCUCAAAUCCCAAAGUAUUGCUGGGGGGACGGGGACUGCUGGUCAGAGCUACAAUCUGUGUGGGCUGGGGCUGGGAACAUUGCCCCAAAUGAGAAGACCUAACCAGGAAUACUAGCAGACAUUUUUCCACAAGAUGGUCUAGCCACCUCAAACCGUUAAGUGGCAGCUGUGGGAAUGAUAUCAAACCAUACUAUAGGUGUGAAAUGGAGACAGUCAGCCAAUGACACACGGCCAGGACAGUAUUUGCACGUUUUGUGUUAUGACACAGGGAAACUUGUUACUGUAACUAACGUAUGUUCUGAUUUCAUUGUAGUUUGUGUAGGGAUGGCAGGAUAACAUCUAUGAUUACGGUCCUUCGUUUUUUUUCACAAUGUGUCUUUAUUGCAUUUGUUUCAUUCAUGUUAUUCUUGGAACUAUUACAUUUAUCGUGGAGUUGUGCUGAUGUUACCGUACAGCUUUUGAAAAUAACGUUGCUAUAGUAUUUUUAGGUCAGGGUAUAUUUGGAGCCUCCCUUUGGACAGACACACACUGUAUAGUACAUGGUAAACUGUGGCUUAAGUGCUAUUACAACACUCAGUAGAACAAAUACUGUGGACAAAUCACACUUAAACUGUAAUGGGACAAACUGGGAUUGUCGUAGGUGGUUAUUGCAAAGAUAUAUUAAUCUUAGGAGAGAAAGUUACUGUAAAGUGACUGUAUCUUAUACUGUAUGAAUGAGCUAUGAAAUGUUGAGUCACCUUGACUGUCUGACAUAUUCGGUAUGCUUCACAUUGACACUGUCCUAACUGAAGAUGGGUUUCACUUUGCCCUUUAUGAUAAUUUGAGGUCAUGUAUCAAGGAGUAUGUCUAGCUCCUUCUGAUGAAACAACCAGACAGCAUUUAUUAGAGUGAUCAUACGCGCUAUCUUUUAACUUGCUCUGUCACUACAGUACAUGGUCAAAAUCUGUCUCUUCAGUUUCCAUUUCAGAGUUAUAAGAGUAACUAAAGGCUUAAAGGCCCAGUGCAUUCAAAAAAUGUGAUUUUUCUGUGUUUUAUAUAUAUUUCCACACUAUGAGGUUUGAAUAAUACUGUGAAAUUGGGAACAUGAUGAUAACGCCCUUUAAGUGUAAGAGCUGUUUGAAAAGACCACCUGAAAUCCGCCUGUUUUGAUGGGAUGGAGUUGUGGCCUGCCUGGUGACAUCACCAGUUGGUAAAUUAGUUAAUAGACCAAUAAGAAAGAGAGCUCCAACACUCUCAGCCAAUAACAGCUAGUUUUCUCCUCCAAAUCUGAUCACUCCCAGACAGUCCUAGCUAAAUUCUUAUUUGAUAAAUUGCCUUUUUCUAAAAGCAUUUUUUUCUUAUUAUUUUUGCCCAUUUUAAUUUAAAAUAAUCACCGUAAGGUACUAAUUGUUGCCCGGAAAUGAUUUGAUAUUGAGAUCAAAACAUCUGCAUUGGACCUUUAACGGUUGUCUUUAACAGGGUCUUUUGGAUACCAAAAUCAUGGACCUGGAAUGUCUGUUGGUAUGAAAUACAUUUUGAGAAUGUUCAAUAUUCUCACUUUGAUUAUACAAUCACCCAUAGAAUUUGAAUUGAAUUCUUAUUCUAUGUAUCACUUCUCAUCCAUUUGUCAAUCCAUUGAUUAUUGAUUCAUCUUGACAUGCUUUCAUCAUAUCAUAUAAUGGACUGUAGACCGACGUGUAUUUCUAUAAGAAUGCCCUGCAUACUUCUGAACAAUAUAUUUACUGCCUGUAUUUUUAAUUCAAAACUAUUACGUUUUCUCACUAAACACUAAAACAUGGCACUAUAUGCUACUGAAAAUGAUAUUCCCAUUGGUCUUUUCCAGAGUAUGGACCCAGCUGCAAUUAUGCUGGUGCCUGUUGUGGUGGUGGUAACAGCAGUGGUUAUUUUCCUGCACAGUCUGGUGCUCAAAUUCUUGUCCACAGCAAUGGUACGCAACAAGGUGGUCGUGAUAACAGAUGCCUUAACAGGACUGGGAAAGGAAUGUGCAAAGUUGUUUCACGAGGGAGGAGCUAGAGUCAUCCUUUGUGGAAAAACUUUGGAAAAACUUGAAGGUUUUGCUGAUAACCUGACUAGCGCUACAGACCCUAAACUAACCUUCCCUCCUAAACUUGUGCUGGUGGAUUUCGGUGAUAUGAACAACAUGCCAGAUGUGAUCGGAGAGACGCUGGAGUGUUAUGCCUUUCCGUGCCACUUAUGCUGCCUCUUAAGCAUGCGGUCCAAGCCUUCUUUGACUGUCUGCGGGCUGAGGUCCAGGAGUAUGGCAUCUCUGUCAGCACUGUCAACCACACCUUCAUCAUCUCCCCUCCAUCUGGGGAAAAGACCAAGAAGUCCAUCUGGUCAAGUUAUGGGCAUCACACCAGCAGAGGCUGCCAAUGAGAUCCUGAAGAUUCUGAACAGCAAGAAGAGAGAGGUGGUCAUGGCUCACUCCCUCCCCAAGAUGGCCAUCUAUGCCAGAUCCCUAAUGUUGCAGGAGUGAAUAAUGCUGCAGGAAUGAAUAAUGCUGCAGGAGUGAAUACUAUUGCAGCUUUAGCAGACUCAGAGGAGCUGUAUUCAACAUAGAAUUGGAUUGGCACUGGAUUCUGGAUACACACCACAUAGAACUGGGAAUAAGAUGAUGUGUUGGGCCAGCACUUAUGACUGUCAAAUAUGGAGGACCAGCUGAGACCGGAA